AUGGCUGUAGACAUGGCUGUAGACCUGUCCCGGGACUUCCUCUGGCUCUGCGCCUUGCACCUGUGCGCGCUGCUCCAUGGCGGACACACACAGGAGGCUGGGGGCAUGCUGUACCCCCGGGAGUCUGCCUCCAGAGAGCGGAAAGAGCUGAGCGGACUGUGGAGCUUCAGGGCGGACCCUUCUGCUAACAGGAACGAAGGCUUUGACAGGGCAUGGUACAAAAGUCCACUGGCCACUACUGGUCCUGUUCUUGAAAUGCCAGUUCCCUCCAGCUACAAUGACAUAACCCAGGACCCUAUGUUAAGGGACUUCAUAGGCUGGGUAUGGUAUGAACGAGAAGUGGUGGUGCCUUCACGCUGGAUCCAAGACGCAGGAACAAGAGUGGUUCUCCGAGUUGGAAGUGCUCAUUAUUAUUCAGUUGUGUGGGUGAAUGGAGUCCAGGUUGCAGAACAUGAAGGUGGACAUCUCCCCUUUGAGGCCGAUAUUGGGGGAGUGAUCCGCAAAGACCCGGCUGUGACCUGCAGGAUCACCAUAGCUGUGAAUAACACUCUGACACUCACAAGUCUCCCUCCAGGAACUAUCACACACAUGAGUGACAGCACCAAAUAUCCUACUGGGUAUUUUGUCCAGAAUUUCCAGUUUGACUUCUUCAAUUAUGCUGGACUUCACCGUCCUGUGCUGCUCUACACCACUCCCAAGAUUUAUGUGGACGACAUCACUGUUGUGACAGACAUUUCAGACAACAUUGGUUUGGUUAAAUACAAGGUAUCUGUUAUGGGUGCUACUACAGCUAACAUGAAAGUCACACUAAUGGACAAAUAUGGUCACUGUGUCGCCACCUCCAAUGGGUCCUCUGGUGUGCUCAAAGUGAUCAACGUCAAUUUGUGGUGGCCAUACCUGAUGCAUGAUAAUCCUGGUUACUUAUAUUCUAUGGAGGUCCAUUUAUCAGCAUCAGAUGGACAGUUGACUUUUGAGGAUGUGUACGCGUUACCUGUUGGCAUCCGCACAGUGAAUGUCACCAGUACACAAUUCCUCAUAAACAACAAGCCUUUUUACUUCCAUGGAGUCAACAAGCAUGAGGAUGCUGAUUUACGAGGAAAAGGCUUGGACUGGGCCCUCAUUGUCAAAGACUUUAAUUUGAUAAAGUGGUUAGGUGCUAAUUCAUUCCGCACCAGCCACUACCCAUAUGCUGAGGAGAUCAUGCAGAUGUGUGACCGCCAUGGCAUCGUGGUCAUAGAUGAGUGUCCCGGAGUAGGCAUCAAAGACAUUCGAAGUUUUGGAAAUGCCUCUCUGGCCCAUCACCUGUCUGUUAUGGACGAGCUGGUGCAGCGAGACAAAAACCACCCGUCUGUGGUCAUGUGGUCUGUGGCCAACGAGCCUGCUGCAGAGAUGGCUCCUGCUGACUAUUAUUUCAGAACAUUGAUAAAGCACACCAAAACUUUGGAUCAAACUCGUCCAGUUACUUUUAUCACGGACAGUAACUUUGCCAGAGACAAAGGGGCUCCGUAUGUGGAUGUCAUCUGUGUAAAUAGCUACUUCUCCUGGUACCAUGAUCCAGGUCACAUGGAGGUGAUCCCCAUCCAACUCAACACACAGUUUGAAAACUGGUUUGGGAAGUACAAGAAGCCUAUCAUACAGAGUGAAUAUGGAGCUGAUGCCGUCCCGGGGCUUCACAGUGAUCCUCCUGUAAUGUUCUCUGAAGAAUACCAGAAGGACGUCCUGCAGCGUUACCACAACGUGUUUGAUGAAAAGAGGAAACACUACGUGAUCGGUGAACUCAUCUGGAACUUUGCAGAUUUCAUGACUUCACAAGGUAUCACUCGCGUUGUGGGAAAUAAAAAGGGGAUCUUCACCCGGCAGAGGCAGCCGAAAUCAGCAGCCUUCCUCCUGAGGGAGAGGUACUGGAGACUGGCUAACACAACAGGAAAGAUGCCUCCUUGGACCAGAUACCCGUGUGAGCUCACAGAUACAACCUAG